UGCACACAAGGAAAGAACCUUUCUUUCAUCAACAAAUCUCGCGAAACUCGAAUACUACAGACACCAUCUCAAUUCUUCAUCAUUUCUCUCUUCAAUCCAACCAUGGCCAUGGCAACUCAAGCCUCCCUCUUCACCCCAACUCUUUCCUCCCCAAGUGACCGAGUUACUGUGCCAUGGAAGCAAUCAUCCCUGGUUGCAUUUGCAAGUCCUAAGCCAAUCAAGACCAACAUGGCAACAAGGACCAUCAGGGCCAUGGCAGAGGAAGCGUCCACAAAAGCGGCACCAGCGGGAUUCACCCCACCACAAUUGGACCCAAACACCCCAUCACCAAUCUUUGCAGGCAGCACAGGAGGGCUAUUGAGGAAGGCCCAAGUCGAGGAAUUCUAUGUUAUCACAUGGGAUUCCCCGAAAGAACAGAUUUUUGAGAUGCCUACUGGUGGUGCAGCCAUAAUGAGACAAGGUCCAAACUUGCUCAAAUUGGCUAGGAAAGAGCAAUGCUUAGCUCUUGGCACUAGACUUAGGUCCAAGUACAAGAUUAGCUACCAGUUUUACAGGGUUUUCCCUAAUGGUGAGGUGCAAUAUUUGCACCCGAAAGAUGGUGUCUACCCAGAGAAGGUGAACCCCGGACGUCAAGGAGUUGGGGUGAACCUCAGAUCAAUCGGGAAGAACAUUAGCCCAAUUGAGGUAAAAUUCACUGGGAAGCAAGUGUAUGAGUUGUAAGGUGUCGUACCUAAUCGUCAUUUAUGUAAUAUGUGAUAUUGUGAUUAUUUAGUGUUGCUUGAUGUAAUUGUAUUUCUUUUUGAGAAGCUACAUUUCAGACACAGCCUGGAUCUUGUUACUUUGUAUGUGAUCGGAUACUAUUACUGUCUUGGUCCAUUCGUAUUAUACUCUUCAAUAUUUACCAAGAAAAGAAAAAAAGAUUGUGGGAGGAA